AUGUCUUCUAAAAAACAAGUAAAAAAAACUACUCUUAGUAAUGAGCAGAAAAAAGAAAUUAUUAAGUACAAAGAAAAGAACCCAAAUAUUAGCUACAUUGAUCUUGCUGCUUGGAUUAAAAAAACAUUUAAACUUGAAGUCCAUUCGACUACCAUUGGGCAUCUAAUAAAAAAUAAAGAUGAUAUUGAGCCUACUAAUGAUAAUGAUAAUGAGUUAAUGGAAGAGAUGAAAGCGAAUAUUGAAGAAAUUUUAACUUUGGUUACUAACAUAGAACCCAAGAAUGAUUCAAAUAAUGACAAUAGUGAAAAUGAAGAUGAUAGUAGAGAAAUCUCUUUUAUUAUCUACCACGAGGCACUAAAUGCCAUAAAAGUGCUAGAAUAUUACCUUAUGCAACAGAAUCUAAGUGAUAAAGACUGGUUGGACCAUGAUCAAGCUUUAUUAAAGUUACAAAAGACAAUCAGAAAAAGUCGAAGUGUGUCUUUUAAACAA